UCAUACAGUUUUCAUUUAAAUAAAUAAAUUCGUUUGGCCGUUUCGUGAUCAACUGUUGUUUUUUUUUCGUACUCUUUACAUUUUUUUGCAAAAGUUUUUCCUUUUUCGCGGCAGUCUAUUUAUUUUGGAUAUAAAAAGUGCCAAAUUUCUAUGCCCAUAGGAGAGGAAAUUAAGGGCUUGCAAAAUUUCCACGAUAACCAAGAGACAGAGAUCCUGCAUGGAAAUUUCAUGCUAAUGUGUUGGAUUUGAUUUUUGAAAACAUAAAACAAAAAGUGCGCUGCAUUUAAUAAAGAAACUAAACAAUUAUCGCAAAAUUUUUAAACUUUUUUUGUCCACCAUCCGUUCCACAUAGCGAAAAUAUAGAGAACAGGCUGCUCGCAUAAUAACGCGAAUAACUCAUAUUAUAAAGGUGAUUGAUCAAGAAAGUAACAAGAAAAAAAAAUCGAAAAGUGUUUACUUCCCGUGUGAUCAUGUGUCCGCGCUGGUGCAAAGCAACGCAUGAAUAUGAUUCGAUAUAAUUGUUGAAUUGAUAUUUUCAAAUUAAGCGAUCAUUUUUUUUUUUCAUCAUUCCAUUGGAGUUCGAUUCGUAGCCAUACAUAUCGGCCGGCACGUUUUUGUUUCAUGUGCCCUGCGUACUUUAUUUUUGCUCUAUCUCUCUUAUUGUCAGCGAUCACAGCAGUGAACAGAACAGAGCAAUCAACAAACGUUAUCAACAGAAAACGCUAGUUUACUUGAACAUCUUCAACUAUGAUAGACCUAAACAGACAGCCAAAAACAUCAUGUGAUUAAGAUUAUAACUGUAAUAUCAAUCGUAUGUUCAGAUCUCUCGAUUUCGAUUAAGCACUGACUCGCGUUUGGUGGUGAUUCGUUUAUAUUAUUCAUUCGAAAUUGAUGUUUUUAUUUUUUUAUUUUAUCGAAACGAAUUUGUGAAAACUUAACAAAAGAAAUGUGAAUGUGGAUAAGAUUAAGAAUUUUCACAUUUUAUGAACUUAUUUAUAAAGUAAAUUAAAAAAAUUACAUCACACGGGGGGCAACAAAAGACAAAAGGGUGACUUAACUAUUGUGUACCUACAAUUUUGUGCAUCAAAAACACGAACAAUUUAACAUUUGAUCAACACUUGUGAAUUCAUUUAGAAGAAAAAAAAAAAAACACUUUUUUGUUUAUACAUUAGUGCGUGGUGAAAAGCAACAAUUAAAUUUGGUACCAUGGAUUCGGAUACUGAGAAACACGACGGUUACAAUGCAUACAGUUCGCCACAUCAUCAAAUGUAUCCAAUGUUAAUGAAUCCGCCACAUAGUCCAAUGGUUGCUGGGGCAUCGCAGAGCUCAAUGUUAUCAUCAUCACCAUUAAUGACAUCCAAUUCACCGAUGAUGUCAAAUAAUUCACCCCUAAUGCAAUAUUCACCGUAUUCGGAUGUCCUACCAACCACAAUACUCCCACCACUCGGGCCAAACGCAAACAGUAAUCAGGUCGACGAUUCCGUUUCGUGGGGAUAUCCAAUGAACUCAGCAUUUUCUAGCGAAUUUUGUAGUAAUUAUGGAAUGUUGCCAAGACAAGCGUAUCAAAGUAAUACAGGCAGUAGUGGUGGUGGUUCGUCCAGUGGAAAAAUGAGUGCGGCAAAUGCAUUGAAAAGUGCAAAAGAAGCACGUAUUCGUCGUCCAAUGAAUGCGUUUAUGGUGUGGGCCAAAGUCGAGCGAAAAAAAUUGGCCGACGAAAAUCCUGACUUACACAAUGCUGACUUGAGUAAAAUGCUAGGAAAGAAAUGGCGUUCAUUAACACCACAAGAUCGUCGCCCAUACGUUGAAGAAGCCGAACGACUUCGUGUUAUCCACAUGACCGAACACCCGAAUUACAAAUAUCGACCACGUCGUCGAAAGCACACAAAGUCCAGAACUGGCUCAAGUGGUUCUAAUCCGGUGGCCAUCAACAAUCAAUCAUCUUCACAGAAUAAUCUCUCUGAUCAUGCGUCUCCCGACUUUGGGGAUCACAUGAGUGGUGUCGAUCGAAUGAGUCCAUACAAUUCGCAAAUGUAUUAUAGUACAAAUAAUGCAAUGCACACACCCGAAUCCAGCCCAAAUCCACACAGUCCUGAUCCGUCACAGGUUGUAGCGCCAAAUUCGCGUAAUCGCAAAUUGAAUGCAGUUAAUGGCAAUGGUAAUACGGGUAAUAUAUCGCGAGGUAGUAGUAAACAUCAGGACGAUGUAAACGCUGUCACAUCAUCAUUACCAACACCAGAAAUGAGCCCAAUGGAAUUGGAAAAGGAGAAUUAUGGCAAUAGUUUGUCGAAUGACAAGCAAAAAAUCUCCUUCAUGGAUUACAAUGGGCACAUCAAAUCGGAAAAAUCGGGUGCAUCGACACCAACCUCAUACGUAUACAACAGUAAUACAGGGAACAACAAUCGAAAUAUGAACACAUUCGAUAUGGAUUCCAUUGAACAUCACAUCAUCAAACGAGAGUAUAACAGUUAUGGCAGUGGAAACAACAAUCAAUUGAACAAUAGCAGUGGCAACGCCACCGACAACAAAACACAAUCAAAUAAUUCACGAUCAUAUCGAAUUUACGAUAGCACUGGAAUGUCAUCGGUGGGUGGCUUAACACCAAAUAGCAGUAGUGAGAAGCGAAAUUCAUCGGCAACAUCAACGCUAUCAUCGUCACUAUCAUCGUCAACAACAAUUGCAGCCGGCAAAGGAAUGUAUGUAACAUGUAGCAAUCGUGGCAUUCUUGAUCAGGGAAAUAUAGUGCGUGGAACAUACUUUCCACCGCUGGCAACAUCACAAGAUCAUCAAAAUUUGGGCACCGUUUCGACACCAUCACAAACUGUAUCCACGUCAUCCAUGUCAAAUUUGAGCUAUACUCCAAACCAUCAUCUUGAUCACGUAACAAAUAGUGCAUUGCACAUUGUCAAUAAUAAUCGUAUGAAUUCGGUAAAUCAAUCAUCAAAUAGCAUUAAAGAAAAUAAUAAUGUUAUAAUAGAAACAUCAUCACAAAAUGGUUUGACCAUUGAUGCAUAUGGAAAUUAUGAUUCGAUAACGGUAACAGCACCGAUGCCAACGUAUGUAUCGUCACCAUUUACAACUGUGCAGUACAAAGAUUAUGUAAAUUAUCAUCAAACGCAAUCGCCAACAUCAAACAUAAGCAGCGCCACUGUCGUACAAAGUAUUCAUCCUCAGCAUAUGGUCGACGAAGUUGAUUCACGUGAAUUUGAAAAAUACUUUAAAUAUCCAGACACAAAUCAUAAUUUCAAUGAGUACGAUUCGAAUAGCGCGUAUCAUGGUCAUCCCCAUCCAAAUUCAAUAUAUCAUAAUCAUCAAUUGGCCACAAAUCAACUACCACCACACGUUCUAUCGUCGCCACAUCAUCCGGCAACGAUAGCACCACAGGAAUACUAUCAUUUAUAUUAUCAUCCAAAUACAAAUGUACCGCCGGGCUCAACAACCACCACAACAGUAACAACAGCUAAUUUAGCGAAUAAUUGUUUGUCUACAAUUCCAUUGUCAUCGUCGUCGACAUCAUCAUCGUCACAAGCGCCAACACAAACCGUGCUAAGCGGCACCGAAAUUUACGUUCAAAAUGAUGCGAUGAAAGAGGACGAGUUCAGCAAUAUUUUGGCUGGCGUUCGAAAAACAUGCUACAGCAACUGAGGGACACUGAUCCCACGAAAAUUGUAAGGAAUCUUUUUCAUUCCCUUCUGCUUCUUCUUCUUUAACUGCAAAUUAUUUUCCAUGGCUUUCGAAAACAGUAAAAAUAAAAUACUCACGAGUAUAUGAGUCAUAUAAAUCAGUUAUUACUAUCAAAAAUAAAAUAAAAUAUAUAUUUAUUCAAACACCGCGCACGAAAAAAAUGUCAAAAACAAAAAUUUUUAAUGUAGAAUAUCGUUAUUAAUGUUUUCAUGACAAUUUUUGGCGAAUAAUAUUUUUUCAAAAUGCAUAGAACAAAUAGAACAAUAUGAUAAAGUUAAAAAGCCCAUAAAAAAGUGACAUUUGAUAAAUUCUAAAUGGAAAAUGUUUUACUGAAAUUACUAACAUUCAUUACGUCCACUCAUUUUAGAUCGGUAACAAAACAAAAACUGUAUCCGUUUGC